GAAUCUUGGGUAAUUAUGAGAAACAGUGACACACGGACACGCACACACACAAAAAAAAAAAAAGAAAAAAAGCAAAGGGGAGUGAGAGGGUGGGGGAAUGAGGCAGCUUCAUGCCCUUGUAGUUGAUCAUUGGUUGGAGCCGCAGGGAAGGGGAGGGGCCUCAGUGCCACUGUUUCUGUAGAGAGGGAGGCAGAGGGAGUGAGAGAGAGAGAGAGAGAGAGAGAGAGAGAGAGAGAGAGGGACAGCAAAGAAGGAUAAAUGAGCACAGGGGGUUCUCCCAGCAUCGGUAUGCCUGCCUACCUCAUCUGCUCUUCUGGAUAGAAAUAACAGCUGAGGUGUGUUUGUGUGUGUGUCUGUGUUUUAAACAUCAGUCACCCCACGCACUGCCUUCAUCCUCUUAGCUCACAGCAGUCUGCUGUGAUCUUACUACGAGGGACCAGACAGAAACUGAGACAAGAGCAAGCGGACAUGGAAGAGUGGUGAAAAGAGGGUAGAGGGGCAGCAAGAAAGAAGAGAGAAAAAGAAGAAGAAUCGGGAAAGAGAAGCAGGACAGAGGUGGAGUUACAGGACAGAAUUAAAAGGAGAAAUAAUGCCUAAUGUCCCCUUCUCUCAAUUUAUGUACGCAGAGCAUUACACAAUAAUGUCUUUUCUCUGGAAGCUGUGUUUGUGACUCUGUGGACUAUAGACAGAUAAAAGGCAGCUUCAGUCUGUGCUUUCUGCAGCUGCAGCAGAUGUUGAAGACAUCUCGGACUUUAUAGGGAGCGGAGGCAUUUCAAGCAUAGAUUGGACUGGAAUUCCUUUAAACAAAGUCACAUUUCUUUCUGUUUUUUUCCCUUUUUGUGCCUUCAGCUGGGAAGUUUGCUUUACUGGAAGAAAAGGAAGAAAGGCAACACACAUAUUUCUUUUUGUGUGUUAAUCUGUUGGUUUAAUAUCUUGGUAUAAAACUACAACUGCCUGCACUGAGGACAAAACAACGGAGCUUCCUCACAUUUCUCUGUCCUUUCCAUCCCUCCUGCAUUUGAAAUGGCAGAUGGCAGCAGUCUCAUCAUGGAACCGCAGUGUGGAGCUUUUCGUUUGGACUGAGACCGUACAGCGACUUUCAGAACCAUCCAGCUACCCUGAUAAAUUAGUGGGUUCUUGGGUUCAUCGUACCCUUGAAGGGCCCCUCAGACAAGGAUUCCUGCCCAAGAUGAUGAAUUCUUCCCUGGACCCACUGAACCAGAGCUCUGCUGACCCAUCGAACUUAUCUGCUCCCUUCUGCCUGCUUGAGAUAGGCUAUUCCCAAAUUUUCGCCACCUGCCUCCUUGAGGUCUCUAUCAUCCUUCUCCUCACUGUUCUCAUUAUUUCCGGAAACCUGGUGGUGAUUUUUGUGUUUCACUGUGCCCCCUUGCUUAGCCAGCACACCACCAGUGCUUUCAUCCAGACGAUGGCAUAUGCUGAUCUGCUGGUGGGGGUAAGCUGCCUCUUUCCAUCCCUGUCCCUCCUUCAUCACCUGCAGGGCCUCGACCCCAAACUCACCUGCCAGGUGUUCGGGUACAUGGUGUCUGUUUUGAAGUCAGUUUCAAUGGCGUCGUUAGCAUGUGUAAGUGUAGACCGCUACAUUGCGAUCACACGACCUCUGACUUACGCGUCCUUAGUAACGCCUUGUCGAGUGCGCUGCUGCAUCGUUCUAAUAUGGGUGUACUCUGCUCUGGUGUUUCUCCCAUCUUUUCUUGGGUGGGGGAAACCUGGUUACCACGGCGAUGUGGUGGAGUGGUGCGCACUUCAGUGGAGCACUAGUCCAGCUUUCACAACCUUUAUUGUUGCACUGCUCUACGCCCCAGCUGCUCUCACUGUCUGCUUUACCUACGCCAAUAUUUUCAAGAUCUGCCAACAGCACACCCGGGAGAUCAGCGAACGCCACGCACGUUACCGACCCCAACAGCUGCAGGGCCCAGGGCUGACAGUGGGAUCUGUGGUCAGGGAUAACAGUGCAGCAGAACAAGGGCAGUUUUCUCACUUGUCCCAACCACAGAAACUCCAACAUCACCAACCACAGUACCAGCAGCCAACAUCAACAUACCCAGACAAGCGAUACGCUAUGGUACUGUUUCGCAUUACCAGUGUGUUUUAUAUCCUCUGGUUGCCCUACAUUCUCUAUUUUCUCUUGGAGAGCGGAGGGAUCUACCACCACCCCGCAGCCUCGUUCCUCACCACAUGGCUGGCCAUCAGCAACAGCUUCUGUAACUGUCUCAUCUACAGCCUCUCCAACUCUGCCUUCAGGAAGGGCCUCAAACGCCUCUGCUCCUUCUGUUUACAGCGCAGCGGCAGUGGCUUUGGGGUUAGGAGCACCAAAAAGACUUUCAUUGGCUCUGUUGAAAAGGGAUGUACAGGGCCGGGGUGUGGAUAUGGCCAUGGGGAAAUAGGGAUUGGCACAACAUGUCAUGUGUAGUGCACACACAGAGGAAACCCUUGUGCCAAAUUGGCAUUUAAACUUUUUAAAGGAUGCCCGAUGUGAUUGCUGUAAAAUGUCUCCUCUGUUAAGCUGCAAUGUGCAGUAAAGAGAUGGAGGGAGGCGUCGAUCUGCCACUGCUGUUUCUGUCGCGUUUGGAGGUUAAGCAGGCGUCCUCUCUGCAUAUGCCACAGCUGGCAAAGACAGAGAAAGGGAGUCAAGAGCAAAACACUGAAGGAUAGAAAGACCCAAAUAGCCCUCAAAGUGUUUUAAAAUGGUCAGAGAAACCUAGCGUACUUUGUAUGGGCAGGCGUGAUAGAUGAAAGGGGUUGGAAAGAAGGAGAAAAAGAUGUCUGAAAAUCUCUGGAGAAUUGAACUAUUUUGAGGCUGAACGACUUUUUAAAAAAUCUUUUUAUUUUAUUUUAUUUUAGUUUACCAAAACAAGAAAACAUUGUUCUGAAAUAUACAUACAUAAUAUGUGAAACAGCGUGACCUUCAUUUGUUGCCAGAUUAUCAGCACUGUAUGUGUUAAAUGCAAAAAAAAAAAAAGGAAAUAAAUGCAAAUGGAACAGUU